CUCCGACUCUCCGUUUCACCGUCUCCUGACUCCUCGCCUCGGUCACGGCCACUCUGAUGGGCGUUUUUACAACCUCAUUGCCUCCCUCGACGCUUGGACAUUUUCAAAAGCAGCGAAAUGAAGCGAAUGAAUGUUUUCCGUCUGUGAAACAAAAAGAUUUCAAGAUAAAGAAACUCCGGAAAACCAGCGACCACCUCACUUGGCAUCAGGAAUAACCUUUCUUAGCGGUUAUUCGCCUCCACAAGCAUCUUCUUUCUCUGGGCCACGCUGGAAGUCGCCUCCCAUGUGGCCGUCGGGACUGGGGAGCAGGCAGGCGUGCCCGCGGGAGUCGGCGCUACGCAGGGCGGCCAUCAGCGGCAACAUCAACGCCCUCCCGCCGCACCAUGUCCCCACCGGCCGCAGCGUGCGGGUCUUCAUCUGCGCCAACCCCGAUGACACAGAAGCAGAGAGGAAUGCACUAAAAGAGCAUGUUUACCCCAAGCUGCGAGACUUUUGCAGGGAGAACUAUGGCAUUGAAUUCCAGGUGGUGGACCUCUACUGGGGAGUUGAUCCAGAGGAGUGGGAUAAUCCAGACCUGCAGAGACUCCGAAUGAAACUUUUGGAGGAAUGUCUGAAGACCUCAGCCGGGCCAUGCUUUGUUGGUCUGGUAGGAGAAAAGUACGGCAGCAUCCGAGUGCCAGGGGAGGUGGAAUCGGCGGAGUUUGAGAUGAUCCUGGACGCGGCUGUGGAGGCAGGGCUGGACACCCACAUUUUGGAGGAGUGGUACUGCAGGGAUGAAAACUCUGUGCCACCCGCAUACUACCUCAAACCCAAAGCCCAAAUGCUCAAGAACUACCAGAACUCUAUGGAGUCGAGCAGCGCAGCAAAGACCAAGAAUGACAAAGCCUGGAGGAAUGUGUCAGAGGAGAUCAAGAGGAUCUUCCGAACGGCGGUGCUGCAGCUGCAAGAGAAGGGAACCAUGAAGAGCGCGGACGCCAACAAAUUCCUUUGCUCUGCUUUGGAAGAUGAAUUAGACUUUGCCCUCGGGAAACAAACCCCCGCCUUUCUCAGGAAAUGCGUCUGCUACAUACGCAAGAUCUCCAACUUCGAUCGCUUCGCCAAGCUCCCCGAGAUGGCCCGCUACAUGGAUAUCGUGGUGAGUGCCGACCGCGUCAUGCGCAACCAGGAGGCCUACGAGCGCCUACUGAAAGUGCGAGAUGAGUUCAUCCCCACCGUCGUGGCCGCCUCCAACCUCCGCGUCUACUCUUCGGUCACUCACUGCGACAUGAAGCUCGGCUACACCCAAGAAGUGGAGAGCCACUACGUGGAAGGUCUUUGCAAGCAGUUCUACGAGGACAUGGUAGACAUCAUCCAGGCCACUGUGCAGCAGAACUUUGACACAGAGACCGAUCCACUGUAUGAUGAGAUUCUGCAGCACCUGUCCCUCUGUAAGACCCACGCAGCCCUCUAUAAGUACAAGUCGGAGACUCUGGAUUAUGUGCAGGAGUACCUCAUGGCAUCUAAAGGGAGCAGGAUGAGCCCCCUGGUGGUGUACGGAGGACCCUGCACCGGAAAGACGCUGCUGCUUUCCGAGGUGGCCAAGCAGACCUACACAUGGCUUCAGAAGGAGAUGGGUCCAGAAACAGAUCCAGUGGUCAUCGUUCGGUAUAUUGGCUCCAGCCAACUCUCCACAGACCUACGAACACUGCUCCAGAGCAUCUGUGAGCAGAUUGCAAUAAACUACCGCUGCCUGAUUCACUUCCUGCCUAACAAGAUUCAGGAGAUGAGAGAGCUUCUAAUCAACCUUCUUGGGGAGCCGUCCUUCCAGAGGCCCCUGGUCAUCAUCCUGGAUGCCAUGGAGCAGCUUUCCGAUGCCGACGAGGCUCGUAAGUUGUGGUGGCUCCCCGUGCACCUGCCUCGCACUGUCCGCAUCGUUGUAUCAACACUGCCCAACAAACAUGGCAUCUUGCAGAAGCUGCGUCAUCUUAUUCAUGAUGAGAGUUAUUACGUGGAGUUAAUCCAGCGAGACCGAAAGGUAUGCAGCCAAAUGCUAAAACAGCAGUUGCUUGGGGUGAAGAGGAAGGUAACAUCAGGGCAACAGAUCUAUGUCAAUGAGGCACUUGCCAAGUGUACAUUGCCAAUGUUUGUCAACCUCAUCUACAGAGAAGUAGUUCACUGGAGGUCACACAAAGAUGUUGAUGAUAAAUCUCUGUGCUCAACCGUGCAUGAAAGCAUUGAGCAACUUUUCUACUCUGUGGAGAAUAAGCUGGGCCAGCGAUUUGUUUUCAGAGCAUUAGGGUAUGUCACCAUGGCAAAGGCUGGGCUAACGGAGGUUGAGUUGGAAGACAUCCUGUCUCUUGACAACAUAGUUCUUGGGGAUGUAAUUGUGCCAAGUUACCUCAAAAAUCCACUAAGGAUCUCCUAUGACCUUGUUGCCAAGCUCAAAGAGGAGCUGGAGGGCUAUCUGGUUGAGCGGCAGGUACGAAAUGUCACAUUGAUGGUCUGGGCCAACAGGCACCUGCACCUCAUCGCCCAGAAGCUCUAUCUCAGCAACGAGGAGGAUGUACAUCAAAUGCACAGCCUCUUGGCUGAGUACUUCCUUGGAGCAUGGUCAGGAGGCAGGAAGAAAAUCUUUACUUAUGAUAACAACCAUUUCACUUCCCUUAAUAUUUCACAUCACAAGAAUCCUCAUCAUCAACAGUCUCAUGAAAAAACAUCCUCUGAUAAAUAUUCCUAUGACAGACAGACUCCCGAACAGCCUUGGGUGUUCCAGUGCAACCUGCUGGAGCCGGACAUCUUCUUUGUCAAUCACAGAAAGAUGACAGAGCUGGUGUACCAUCUGACCAGGAGUGGCCGUACAGAUGACCUCAUGUUUGGUGUCAUUAUGAACUUCAGCUGGCUCUACACAAUGAUCAAGAUUGGUCAGUUUGAAAAAGCUAUAACAGACAUUGACCUUGCUUACACCUGCAGCCAAGAAAAAGAGCUAAAGUUUCUGGCCACUACUCUUCGUAGCAUUAAGGUGAAAGUACUAAAGAACCCUGCAUCGCUUUCUGCAGAACUGCAGCAAAGGCUUCUGCCAGUUGUCACAUCACUUCCUAAGCUCAGACACCUUCUCCUAGAGUGUGACAAAGAUGGUCCCAAGUACUGCUCUAUUGUGCCUCUCCACUCCUCUAUGGAUGUGACAUAUAGUCCAGAAAGACUUCCUCUGUGCUCCAGCUACAUACAGAUUGUGGAGAUUUUACCCACUCUAGCCCCAAACAUAGUCCUCGUAGCACUGGAGGAUGGAUCUAUCAGCACCUGGGAUGUAGAGAGCAGGCAGCUCCUUCGACAGAUUGACACAGCCAGAUCUGUCGUACUAGGAAUCAAGCUAACCACUGAUGAGAAGUACCUGGUGGUUGCCACAACGAAAAAUACUCUGCUCAUCUAUGAUAAUCACAAGUCCUGCCUUUUAUCGGAGGUUGAAAUUAAGGGGUCAAAGCACAGUGGUGUCACUGGAGGAGUUGCUUUCAUUAAUGGUUUUACUCUUUCUACCCAUCAUGCACUUGCGUGGCUUGAGGCUAGUAAAGAUGUCAGCGUCAUUGACCUUGUGUACGGCUGGCCUCUUUACCAGUUCCAUUGCUGGUACGAGGUAACCUGUGUCCAGUGCUCGCCAGAUGGAAUGUAUGCCUUCUGUGGCCAGUACCUCAACACAACAUCUGUCUUUCAUCUUGGAAAUGGGGAAAAGUUGUCCACUGUGACGUCAGAGUUUUCUGGGGGAUUUGUCAAGUCAAUUCUAGUACUGGACACCCUUAACCAAAUGGUAAUGAUUGACAAUGAGGGAAGUCUGUCAGUGUGGAACACCAAAGAGAUAACCAACCCGAAGCUGAUGGAGGAUUAUGAUUGCAGAGGGGAUGAAAGCGAAGUUGUGGGUAUUGAAUUAUCUGAAGACCAGCGCUCCAUUCUCAUUUGCAAGGCCAGGAGUAUUGAAGUUCUGGAUACAAAAAUAUGGAAAAUGCUGGAGAAAUUCAAAGCCAAGCGUACUGAACGAUUUGUUGCUGCUGUUCUCUCCAAAAAUGGACAGAGCAUUGUUGCCUCAAUGGAGAACACUUCAUCCAUUUUUGUCUGGAGGAGAGACAGUGGGCAGUGCAUGGCCAGCCUGAUUGAGAUCUCAGGGGCUAUCGUUAAACUAAUCAAAUCAGCCCACCACAACCUGCUUCUUUCUGUUGCCAGUAGCGGUGUACUGUCUGUUUGGGACAUUGAUAUAAUCACCGCCAUGUCAAACAUCGAUAAAACAGGCAAAAAGAUUCAAACAUUGCAGCUGACUGGUAGAGAAGACUACGUGUUCACCAUGGACGGCUCAGAGGCUGUUCACAAGUGGAACUUUAGCACUGGCUUUAUUGAGAUAGUCUUCAAACACGAGGGCAUGGUGGAGAACUGUGUCCUAACCUCCUCAGGGGAUCUCAUGGUGACUUCGGACGAUAAGUCCAGUCAGUACAUAUGGCAAACCAACACCGGAGAAAACAUCUUCCGCAUAAAUGGACAGAGAAUCUCCCAGCUGCUGAUCACCCACAAUGACCAGUUUGUGGUUUCCCUGUGUGAGCAGAAUGCCUCAAGAGUCUGGAGAUUGGCUACUGGGCACAAAGUCUGCAACAUUUUAGUCAGCCUCCAGAACGCACUCAUCACAACAGCAAACACUUUCCUGGUGGGAACAUCCAAGAAUAAACUGCUUGCUGUGAGUCUGUGGUCAGGCAGUGUAUCGAAGAAAUUUGUCUGCGAUGAUGGCAUUAGCAUUGUCAACUUCAAGCUCAUUCCUGACUGUCCAGAUUGUGUGGUCUUCAUUACGUCCACAGAAACGGUCUUCAUCUGGAGUGUGGCAGAUGAGUCAGUCUGCAGGAGAGUCCAGUUGCCGGCCAACUUCCUCAAAAACCUGGAAGACUUUCAAAUCUCGCCCAAUGGGAAGUUAGGAAUAGUCUCCAAAGGUGAUGAGAACAUUAACGUCCUGGAUCUUCACAGCGGGAAGCUGAGGCUUGUCCAUGCAGCCGGUAUAAUCUGGCGUCAGAAAUUAUCAAGAGAUGGUCGUUACCUUGUGUAUGUUUGUUUCCGCAACUGCGAUGAAGACGACGAGGCAGGCGUGGUGUCUAAUUUGAUCGUGAUGCGCCUUGCCGACGGCAAGAGCAUUGGCACAUGCUCACUUUACAAGACCCCCACAUUCCUGUCUCUGUCCCAGCGUGCACUAAAUAUCAUCAUUGGCUUUGAGGACGGCAGUAUCGGCACAUACACUGUUGUGGACCGUGUGGACGCUGCCCUUAAAAUAAAGAUAGCCACCUCCAACAGCCGACAGAUUGUCAACAACGCAUCACAGAAGGUGCGCCCCAAAUGUGGCAACCAUUCCUUCAAAACUGUUGCCGAUUGCACCUGGAGGGAGUCAACGGAAGUCUUCUCGAGGGACAGCCCCAUCAACGUGUCGGACUCAGGAGAAGGUGAGUCGACAACACCUACAAAGAAGACUGAAUUGCUGCAGUGAAAACUUGGGGAACAGACAGAGCUUAGACAGGAGGCAGGUGAAAAAGCUCCAAAUCUCUGGGGUUGCAGUUGAUUCUUGUUUACAGCCACGUGAUUCAGCUGCAGAUGUCAGCCCUGUGGGUAGUUAUUGGGUUGACGAUUUAAACGCUGCACUCAAAUGAUGUAUUACUUACUUCCACCAUAUACACUUUCUGUUAGUUUUAAACAUAAAGACUGUUAAAAAAAGUUUUGUUUUACAAAAUAAAAAUGUACAUUCUGUAUUAGUUUACCAUUAUGUAUCCUUUUGCUUUUGAAGAACAAAAAAUUCAUAUCAACAUCUCUCCAUAAAUCAUUUUCCGAGUCAAUCCAGUAAUCUUUUGUUAUCCACUGUUUCUUAGCCGCUUUUGUUAUCCUAUUUACUUCAUACACAUUAAGCCAUAAUGUUGUUCCUAAAAUAAUAUAUUUAAGUUUGUAUUAAUAUCAAGUGGUAUUGUACAAAGAGGAUGGACAGAUGUACAGAAUAUUUCUCAUUUUGGCUGCUGCAAUUUGUGCAACUCCUUAAAAAUGUUAAGUUGUGCUUAAUGCAAUCAAAGUGAGUGCCUGGAAUUUAAAAAAAAGGUUCAUUACGUGCAGAUCACAAAAUUAAUGAAAGUGCAGGGACUUUGUAAACAUAGUACACGCACCGUUCCAUAUUAAGCGCAUUCGAUGCCGAUUCUGCUCAAAUCCAGUCAACAUCAGGAGAGAACCACGACAUAACUCUGAGGAUUGAUUGCUUUGUGAUUUUUGGAACUGUUUACAUGGAUUUAAUGUAGAUUUACCUGCUGUUCCAUCAGUUUGCGUGCAGGUAGUUUUUAAGGGGAACACCACUAUUGAGCAUACAGUGUAGCAUAGCACCACGCACAUUAACGCCUUAAUCUGUGUACUUGCUUUAGGUUCUGUGUAGUCUGUUUGUUCCAGUAUAAAAGGAUAGAAUGAGUUUUACCUUAAAAAACUUGGCCAAGUGAGCAUAUUUAGAGUUCUAGUCAUUAGGUGGAUGCACUUUAGGAGUGGUAUGUGAGAAAUUGUUAGAUUUAUUCAGAAGAAAUAUAUAAAUUACAAACAAAAAUGUUUGAUUUGUUUUCAAAAAAAUUAUUGGCUCUGCUUACAGAUGUAUAUAGAUUACAAUAUACAGAAGAAUACCUGGUUUGAAUAAAUAAUUAAGAUGAAGACAUCUAAGCAAGCUUUUUUGAGAAUAAAUCCCUGUUGCAGUAUACCUUUGCAAAUGUGGGGAAAACAGUUAUGGUCAUAGCAAAAACAUCUGAGCACAGAUUAGUACAUUUUUAAUAGAUUGCGUAGACUUCAAAUUCUAAGUUCAAAAAGAAAAGGCCUUUUCACAGCUUUACAAAAUGUGGCACAGGCUUUAUAGUUCUUGAAUAAAAUAUCUGAAAGGUUAUAUUAACAGGAUAUGUCAUUUUGUUCUGACAUUCAGAUGUUUUUUGUUGUGUGUAGGCAUGGGCCGGUUUCUUAUUUAAUGGACACAUACAAUGCUUAUGUUUGUUUGUACGUUCGAAAUUGGGAAACAUGUGAAAAUAUAAAAAUAUGAAAGACAAAAUUGAGAAUUGAGAAGAAUGCAGCAGAAAGUGACCUAACAAUGAUGACGCCAAACACGAACAUCAAUACACAUUUGGCACCUAGGACAAAUGUACCCACACGCUUAUUUUUCAAAGUUCAUAAAGUGAAAUUUUAUGUGGUGAUUUUUGUGAGUUGGAGGAAGUCAGAAGAAAUAUCGUCUGCGAGCUGUAGCUUAUAAACCCUAAGGAGGUGAUUUUUGCACCCUUUAAAUGCAAUUUCUGUUUUGGUUCAGACCGACGUUGAUGUGCACAGGAAAGCAUCAGCAUGUUUCUUUCAACAACUAUAAGAAUAAUAGUCACUUAUAUAUUGGCAAGACAUGCAGCGAUUGUGGUGGUCUUACUUAUCUCCAAAUACUGUCUUUGUUUUACCUGCCCUACAAGGUUGUAGCCGUCAGAACAUUAUUCCAACACAAUCUCUCACACUCAUCAAAGACUUUAAGGUUAAACUAAUUAUGUUGACUAAAAAUGCCGGAGAAUGUAUUGGAGGGAGCGGUUGUUGAUUGAACACAAUCUAUAGACAUCUGCAGAUGUUUUGUACUAAUAAAGGACACAAAAAAGUAAAAACAUCACAGUGAAAGAUAGCCUUCUCUUACUUGACAAACUUUAUAUUAACAAACAACACCUGUGGUUGCCUUAGUGGUCUGGCUGUUUACUCCCUGCUUAAGCUAUCUGUCCUACCGGUGGCAUGAACUGUGUUGUGUCAUCCUCCAUGUUCCAAUUGUUAUGAGACAUUUAAAAUCUUAGAACCCAACAUUUUAAUAGUUUUACAUUUAGGACAAAACAAAAUGUACACCCUGUUUACCUACAUGAAGCUCAUUCCUGUCACCUGCAUGGAUGAUCCUUUUAGCAAAAGUGCUCAGUCCAUCAUUUUUCUGUGUUGCCAAUAAGCUGCCAUAUCCAUUCUACAUAUUCCAGUUUUAUAUUAAGAAAACCAUCCAAGUUCAAUGUAGUUCAUCAGGCACUGCAAAUGCAGAUGACAUUUCACCAUCUGCAUAUGGUACUCAGUUCCUGUUUUCAAUUCUUCUUGUUUUUUAAAAUCACUUUUCUGGUUUAAAAUCGUGGAUUUAUUUAAGAUUUAUUUAUGUUUCAUACUUUUCAGCACGUUUUAUGAUUAAAAUAUGUUGAUAUCUACCCCUUAAUAUAUGAGGAUUUUCCAAAGUCUUGGUUUGAGGAAGGGAGAAUAUCUUCAUCAUGCCCUUGCGGUUUACAAGUAUUGCGACAGAACAGCGUUUUCUCGAAUUGUAAGCGACCACUGAGUAACUCUCCUCGUUCCCCACAAGAUUACUGAGCAGAAGGAAACUAUGGGGUAAGAACGCUGUCAAAAACAAUGUGUAUAUAAAGACGGAAAUGUGUGCAUAUUAGUCAAUAGUUGUGCAUAAGUAA